AUGUUGUCAGAGCACUUGAGCGGAAAGAAACGUAUAUAUAUAGACGUGAAGAAGGAAUUGGGGUCACGUAACAGUUUCAGAAUGGUCGAAACAGACCCAAUCGCACCCACAGACUCAGACACUCCCUCCGAGACCCAAAACUACACGGAGAAACAAGACACUGAACAUAUCGAAGAUGCCAGUCCUGCUGGUGAAGCCAAACAUUCUAGUGAACAAGUUGAACAGGCAAAACAGUCUGCUGAUCACAUUGAACACGCCAAGCUGUCCACCGAGCACGUUGAGAACGCGGCGGACCCCACAGCUGUUCUUGGAGACACUUCGGUGUUCAAGAAAGUCUCCUCCCACCCGGAAAGCCUCGAGGCCGGUCAUGUGACCACUCUGACUGCCAAACAGAGUCAUCAUCUAAAGUUUCAUCGUUCUCUGGCUAUUGCAUGCCAAUGCCAGGCCUUCUAUGUGUCCCACAUUGUCUCCAGAGACGUGAUUGGUCCUGCUCUGGGAGCAGGUAUCCUCCAGUUCAAUCACAUCACCGUUGACCAAUACGAGUGGACAGAAACGGCACUGUAUUUCCCUUACGCGUUUCUCGCCAUUCCCUUUGCCUUUCUCUUUCUCAAAGUGAACAUUCGAAUCUGGUUUGCCGUGGAAAUGUUCUGUUGGGGUCUGUGUAUCUGUCUGCUUGGAGUGUGCCACAACUACGCCGGUCUAGUCGCAGAUCGAGUCAUUAUGGGUGUCUGUAUGAACUUCUGUCUACCGGCAGUCCUUCACGUCAUUUUCCAAUGGCACGGAAGGUACGAGGCGCAGUUUGUGUUUGCUUGUGCGUGGGGAGCCGCCUGGUUCAUGGUGCCACUCUUCACGCUGAUUGCCAUUGCUCUGGGUCUCAUCCACGACAAGAAGCCCGGUUGGUCCUGGCAAUUCUUCGUCACUGGAAUCUGCGGAUGCAUUCAGACCCCGUUGAUCUGGAGACUGUUGCCCGACUACUUUUGGAGCCAGAAAUGGAUAAAAAAACACGGCCAGGACGGAUAUGAGUUCUUCAAACAGUUUACUGAAGACGACUACGCAGGGGGAAACCCAGUGGAGCCCACAGAGACCCCGCUUGAAGGACUUCUCCUGGCGGCAAAAGAUCCCAUAGUGUGGACAUGCUCAGUUCUGGGACUCUUCACCUACCAUGGACUGGACUGCUGCUACGCUCUGCUCAUGUCCCCUACGCUAAUGUCCGUAGGAAAGACAUCGGCCAUCGCUCAGCUCAUCUGUUGGACAAUGAUUGUUUUUGGAUGUUUCUGGACAGUUGUUCAGGGAUGGUGCUCGUUCAAACUCCGAGUCAAUUACCCGUUCCUGCUCAUGAACUACCUUUUCACAAUCAUCGGAUGGGCGCUCAUUCUCUGUAAACCGGGAGACAGAAACCCCUGGAUCAAGUUUGGAGGAGGCUGGUUUGUGAUUCCAAACACUAUGGCGGCAUUUGUUGUUGUGGCCUGCUGGCUCGGAAGCAACAUCCAAGGAAGACACCGCCGACUCAUGAGCUUUGCCAUCUUCGCAAUGGUAUCGGACACUUUUGCCAUCAUAGCUUUGCGGACGUUUAUCGCUCGGGAAGCGCCCCAGUACCAUAGAGGCUGUUGGAUCGCCAUGGGCUUCACGAUUGCCUGCGUCGUCCUCAGCACCGUCCUGAGAGGGGCUUUGGGAUGGAAGAACAGAAGCAACACCGACGGCUUUAUUUAUUUGCUAUAG